ACAGAGGUUGUCAUUCUGUACCUGUCUCCUGCCUGGCCAUAACAACUGGUUUGGCUCAUCAGCACAGUGGUAGAAGAUGCUGCUUCUCCUUCUGCUCACGAGUGCUUCUGUCCUUCUGCCCUGGGCUGGGGCUGGAAGGAUCAUUGGUGGACGAGAAGUGAAGCCCCACUCCAGACCCUACAUGGCUUAUUUAAAAAUUCAAACUCACUCAAAAACUAGUUCCUGUGGAGGGUUCCUGAUUCGCCCAGAUGCAGUGCUCUCAGCAGCUCACUGUGUGGACAAAGAAGGGACCAUGAGGGUCACUGUGAUUCUGGGAGCCCACAACAUAAGUGACCGAGAAUGGAGCCAGCAGAAGAUCCGUGUUGGACACUGGGUCAUCCAUCCCAACUAUUGCCGUGUUAGCUUCAAAAAUGACAUUGUGCUGCUGAAGCUGAAGCCAAGGGCCAGGAUCACUAAGUACGUGCAGCUUCUCUCCUUGCCCAGGAGCAAUGAACGUGUGACAGCAGGAGCUGAAUGUAAGGUGUCCGGCUGGGGCUGGACAUCGGUGACAGGGCUCAGGACUAACGUGAUGAAGGAGGUGGAACUGAAGGUGCAAAAUGAGGAAAAAUGUCAGCAAUUCCCUAACUACCAGCAUCAGUCUAUGAUCUGUGUUGGUGAUGACUAUGGUAAAAAGGCAGUUUACCAUGGUGAUUCUGGUGGCCCAUUAGUCUGCGGUCAGAAGGCUCAUGGCAUUGUUUCUCAUGGACAUAAACAAUGCCUCUUCCCUGAGGUAUUUACCAGAAUCUCGUAUUUUGAGCCCUGGAUACGUGAACAGCUGAGGAGGUUUGCACUCCAAGAGCUGCCUGGGUCUCCCUCCUCUGACUAAAAUGCUCAGUGCCCCUUCUCCAUAAGGCACCAAACACCUCUUGGUGCUCAGAAGCUCCCAGGGGCAGCCGAACUGGAGUCAGAGAAGCCCCCAUGGCACAGGCACAGGCUUUUGCUCUAAGGAAAGUCUCCGUGGCAAGGUAAAAAUGCAGGUCCCAAGUACACACAGCUUUGUUCCCUUUCUCCCAUUGCUGCUCCUCCUCUGCUUUCUGGCCAUCAAUAAAAGCAUGUUCAAACUUG